UUUGUGAGUUGAUGCAUUUGUCGCAAGAUAAGUAAAGCAUAUAAGUACUUGGACAAAGCGACGAGGACGCUCUGUUGCGUAUCUGCAAGUAACGAAGAUGAGUAACUUUGCCCUUGUUUUAGCGGCUGCUUCUGGUGUCCUUCUAGCUGUUUCCUUAUGUGAAGGUUGCCCGUUCCCCUUCGAUACGAUCGGCAGCCAGUGCCUCCUGUUUGACACUCUCGAGUUCGGAAGCUACUACGACAUGAGACUGUAUUGCACCAGAGUGGCAGAGGGCGCCAGACUCGCCAAGGUUCCGACAGCGAAUCAGUUGGCAGAAAUCAUCAAGUACAUCAACAAAUACGGUUUGGAUCGCUACAACUACUGGAUAGACGCCUCUGACGAAGACCUCGAAGGUUACUGGAGGUGGGGCGAUGGGACCAGCGUCCCCAUGGGCGCCCCCUACUGGAGGUACGACUGCGACGAAGCCCUGACGAUGAGACCUCUCACGGACAAGCAGCAGAACUGCGCGAUUUUGGACAAGGAGUCGAACUACCUCUUUGCCGACACCUCCUGUCUGGGAGACGUCGGGGAAAUAAAAUAUUGUCCAGUCUGCGAAAUCGCGUGAUGGACAGACAUCCAAAGUGCUUUUGUGGCUUCUUUUGUUUUUUAAUUUUAUGUAAAGUAUAUUUAUGUUUGUGUUCGACGGUGGUCUAAUAAAUCGAGAUAGCAAA